AUGGCGCCCAUUGCCGUCACGCCGGAUAACAGUUCGAUCGCCAACCCCUCUAGGGAGAGCGUCAGCGGCUACUUCCCUGCCACCAACGGCCACCCCAACGGGUACAGCAACGGUCACACCAAUGGGUACGCCAAUGGUCACAAAAACGGCCACUCGAACCGAGUUGCCAAUGGUGUCAGCAACAGCUCUGAUGCCGACCGACACUCUACCAACGGCGCAUACGGUGCUUUCCCGGGCUCUCACAAGCCUGUGCCCAUUGCCAUUGUCGGCAUGGCCUGCCGAAUGCCGGGAAAUGUCGCUACUCCUGCCGAGUUCUGGGAACUCUGUGCCCGUGCCCGGUCCGGAUGGACCGAGAUUCCCAACGAGAGGUUCGACAAGAGUCGCUUCCACCACCCAAACCCCGGCAAAAGCGGUGCCUUGAACCCCGUCGGCGGAAACUUCCUUAAUCUCGACCUUGCCGCCUUUGAUGCUCCAUUUUUCGGCCUCACUGAAAAGGAGGCCAUCUCCAUGGACCCCCAACAACGCCUGCUUCUCGAGUGCACCUUCGAGGCCCUGGAGAACGCCGGGAUUCCAAAACAUACCAUCGUCGGCAAGAAUGUCGGCGUUUUCAUCGGCGGCUCGUUUCCCGAGUAUGAAUCCCACUUGUUUCGGGACUCCGACACGAUCCCUAUGCAUCAGGCAACCGUUGCUGUACAUUUGGCUUGCCAGAGCCUGAGAGCCGGUGAGACCAGCUGCGCCCUGGUUGGCGCCUGUCAUCUCAAUAUUCUGCCUGAGUUCUGGAUUUCCUUUUCUACUUGCAGAUUACUUUCGGAUUCGGGUCGCUCCUUUUCCCUUGACGAUAGGGGCACUGGCUUUGGGCGCGGUGAAGGUUGCGGUAUGCUUGUCUUGAAGUUGCUAGAUCAAGCUAUUAGGGACAAUGACACUGUCCGCGCCGUCAUCGUUGCGACGGGACUGAACCAAGAUGGGAAGACGCCUGGCAUCACUAUGCCAAACGGCGCAGCCCAAGAGGCGCUCAUGAAGCAGGUCUACUGGAACGCAGGACUCGACCCUAGCGCAUGCGGAUUUGUCGAAGCGCACGGAACAGGCACAAGAGUCGGAGAUCCGAUCGAGGCUACAGCCAUCCACAAUGUUCUAGGAAUUGCCGGCAUUAUCAAAGCUGCGAUGAUGCUCGAGCGCGGCUUCAUUCUUCCAAACCACGAUUUCAAGCAGCCAAACCCAAAGAUCCCCUGGAAGGAGUGGAAUCUGAAAGUUCCCGUCACCCAAAGGCCAUGGCCAAGGGGAAAGAAAUACAUCAGCGUGAACAAUUUUGGGUUUGGCGGAACCAACGGGCACGUGGUCCUCGAGGCGGCGCCGUUUCGGGGACAGAAGGCUUUCGCUACAUCCGGCGACAACAUCCCCGAGAAAGCAGGACAGGGACGGAAGCUUUACGUUGUCACAGCCAAUGACAAGGCGGCACUCUCGCAGGCGAUGAAGAACCUUGUCAUCUAUCUCGAGCAGCGACCGGAGAUCUUCCAGAAGGAUCUCACCGGGAACUUGGCAUACACCUUGGCCCAGCGCCGAUCCUUCCUGCAAUGGAGGGUUGCCAUUCCCGCCGUCAACUCGUUCGAGCUCAUCGAAGCCAUCAACGGUGAGAAGUAUACGCCUGGCAAAGAGACGGAGCUUCUUAGUAUCGGCUUCAUUCUUACCGGCCAAGGAGCACAGUGGUAUGCCAUGGGCCGCGAGCUCUAUGAGCAGUAUCCCGUGUUUACGAACAGCAUCCUGCGAGCUGAUCAAUGUUUAACCGACAUUGGUGCUGAGUGGUCACUCGUCGAGGAGCUCAGCAGGGACGCAAGCACUAGCAAAGUCAGUGAAGCCUACAUCAACCAGCCAUCAUGCACUAUAAUCCAACUGGCUCUUAUUGACCUCCUGCGGUCUUGGGGUGUCCGUCCGACCGCGGUUGCUGGCCAUUCAAGCGGCGAAAUCGCUGCCGCCUACGCCGCAGAGAUCAUCGAUUUUGAGUCAGCCAUUACCAUCGCAUACCACCGUGGAAGGCUGAUCACCAUUCUCAAACAAAAGCACCCGGAGCUGCGUGGCCGCAUGAUGGCUGUUGGUGGCAGCAAAGAAGAGUUCUUACCCAUCCUCGAGGCUCUCAAGGAGAAAGAAGCUCGGAUCGCUUGCUACAACAGCCCGUCGAGUCUCACCAUUUCUGGAGACGAGCCCGCCAUUGCCGAACUCGAGAAAAUUUGCGAGCAGAAGCAGGUCUUCAAUAGGCGCCUUAUGGUCGAUGUCGCAUACCACUCUCACCAUAUGAACCUCGUCGCCAAGGAAUACCGGGCAUCGCUUGCGAACUUAAGACCUCCAGUUCCGACGGACAUCCGGUUCUACUCCUCCCUGCAUGGGCAACUGAUCGACGGCACCCAAUUGCAACCCAAUUACUGGGUGGACAACCUGACUUGCGCCGUGCGCUUCUCGGAAGCGCUGCAAAGCAUGCUUAAGCCGACCGGAGAGUACAAGCACGGCGUCAACAUGCUGGUCGAGCUCGGACCGCACUCCGGGCUACAGGGUCCGAUCAAGCAAGUCCUGAAAGAGGUUGGUGGCACUGCUCCCAAGAUCCCCUACGCUUCCGCUCUCAUCCGGAAGCGGGAUGCAGUGGAGACGGCGUUGGAACUAGCAGCGAACUUGUUCUCCCGGGGCGCGAAUCUCGACUUUGGAGCCAUCAACUUCCCCAAACCGACCAAGCCGCCGGUGCUGCUCACAGACUUGCCGCGGUACCCCUGGAAUUACUCAUCCAAAUACUGGCAAGAAUCCCGGUUGACAAGAAUGCACAAGAGCGCCCCGGGUGGAAGGAGUGACAUACUGGGGACUUUGGCCAACUACUCGAACGACUUGGAGCCCACAUGGCGCAACAUUUUCCGUUUAGACGACCUCCCGUGGCUACGGCACUAUAAGAUCCAGUCGCUGACCAUCUUUCCAAUGUCUGGGUUCAUCGCCAUGGCCAUCGAAGCGGCGGCGCAACGGGCUGCAGCGAGAGACUCCCGGUUCAGCAAGUUUGAACUGAAGAAUGUUUGUAUUACCAAGCCCCUCGCGAUCCCGGACAAGGACACCGAGGUAACGAUCAACCUUCGGCCCCUCCAAGAAGCCACUUUUGUCUCCUCGGAUACCUGGGACGAGUUCCGAAUCUGCUCGUGGUCAUACGAACAGGGCUGGACAGAACACUGCGUCGGUCACAUUGCCGCGCUCGAAGCAGACGAAAACGAUGUGGACAACGCCAGGCAAGCUCGCGACUCCGAGGCUCAUCUCAAGAAGCUGCUUCUUGGCAGCGGCAAGCCCCAAGCUGUGCCGGUAACCCCAGCGGCUAUAUAUGACUGUCUCUCCAAGUUGGGAGUGAUGCACGGGCCUACUUUCCAGGGGUUAACCAGCUGUCUCGCGUCCGAUCUUCAUGCCGUUGGAGAUAUCGUGGUGCCGGACGUUGCUAAUGAGAUGCCAAACGGCUACCUGACCGACGCGAUAAUCCAGCCGGCAUUCCUGGAAGCCCUCAUCGAAAUGUAUUGGCCCAUUGUCGGAGCCGGGCGGCGUAACAUCUCCACCGUCUACCUACCGUCAUCGGUUGAGCGCAUCACCGUCUCACUCGGAGUUGAGCAGUUUACGAGGGAACCUGGUAGUACGCUGCGCGCUGUCUGCGAAUGCGAGGUUCCCGCUAGCAUGCCCAAGCCGGCAAAGUUCGACUUGGCCGCAGUCGCAGGUGAUGACAAGCUCGAGACUCUGAUCACCCUCGGUGGUCUCACGGUUUCUCCGAUCCUCGACGGCGAAGCUCAGGCAGAUCUCAACGCUCCAAGAGAACUCUGCUAUAAACUUGAAUGGGACCGGAUUCUCGAGGUUGACUCUGAGAACCAACACUUGUCUGGGGACACCGGGAUCGUCAUCGUUCAUGAGGACUCCAACUUUCAGAGCCUCGUGGCGAUAGACUUGGCGAACGCCUUGGAGAAAGCUACUGGGAGACUGCCAGAGGUCGGCACUUUGCAGAGCACCGACGCAACGGGGAAGAUCUGUAUCUUCUUGAACGAGCUGCAUCAACCAAUCCUCGCCACCCUUAGUCCUGCUCAGUUCGACAGCCUGCAAAAACUCCUACUCACUGUCCAAGGCGCCUUAUGGGUCGUACAAGGAGCAUAUAAGAAGUCUGCAAACCCAGACGCCAACAUGAUAACUGGCCUAAGCAGAACUAUCCGGUCGGAAACUGCCCUUAAGUUUGCAACACUGGACAUGGACGCCGAGUCGGCGCUGUCAGAGACCGAUACUGCUGAUGCCAUUAUGAGAGUUUUUAAGUUUGUCUUUGGUUCAAGCUCUUCCGCGACUGGAGAAUUGGAAUUCAUGGAGAGGAAUGGCGCCUUCUUCACCCCGCGAAUCGUCCAUGACGCCGAAAUGAACGAGUACGUCCACAAGCAGACGAACCCAUCGGUCAUCGAGCCUACACCGUUUGGUGAAGACGACCGAACUCUCAGGAUGGAGAUCUCGACACCAGGCGCCCUGGAUACACUCCAUUUCGUCGAUGAUGCGGCCGCUAACAGUCCGCUGGAGACAGAUCAAGUCGAGAUUGAAGUCAAGGCCAUUGGCUUGAAUUUCAGAGACGCCAUGGCUGCCAAAGGCCAGCUCCCUAUAACCGACUGCGGCAUUGAGGCAAGCGGAGUAUUGACUGCAGUGGGGGACAAGGUGUCUGGCUUCCAAGUUGGGGACUGCGUUGCGGCGCUGACACAGGGGGCGUUCGCAACACAGACUCGGGCAAAAGCAGCGUUCGUCUUCAAGAUCCCGGCCGAUCUCGCGUUUGAAGCCGCAGCUACUCUGCCGCUUGCGUAUGCCACCGCAUACUACAGCUUGGUUGAGCUCGGCCGGCUUGGCGAAGGGGAGACCGUCCUUAUCCACUCGGCUGCUGGGGCCGUUGGGCAAGCAGCCAUUUGCGUGGCGCAGAUGAUCGGCGCCGACGUUUUUGCUACGGUUGGAAGCGCAGAGAAGAAAGAAGUGCUGUUGACCGAGUGUGGACUGCGGGAAGACCAAAUCUUCUACAGUCGCACCUCUUCCUUUGGUGACGCCGUUCGUCGAGCCACCAGCGGGUAUGGCGUCGACGUUGUGCUUAAUUCCCUCACCGGAAACGGCCUACGGGAGUCGUGGUGCUGUCUAAACAAAUUCGGCCGCUUCAUCGAAAUCGGCAAGCGGGAAACCGGUCCGAAGGCACAACUCGAGGUUCAGGACGUGGACAGCAACGCCAGCUUCAUCUUGCUCGACAUGCUCACGCUGAUAGCCGAAAGACCCAAGACCGUCAAGCGCCUCCUUGCCGACGUUUCGCAGCUCUUGAAGUAUAGAAAGAUCAGACCUGUGACCCCAAUCAAAAGAUUCUCUAUAUCGGACGUCGAGGCCGCCUUGAAAGCCCAGCAGGCCGGCAAGACUGCUGGGAAGCUGGUAGUAGUCCCUAGAAGGACCGACGUAGUCAAGGCGGCGCAAUCGACCAAGACGAAAUCCCUUCUACGCCCCAACGCAACUUACAUCUUGGUUGGGGGCACAGGAGGCCUCGGCCGAAGUAUGGCUCGAUGGAUGGUAGCCAAGGGCGCCAGGACUAUUGUGCUAGUCUCCAGAAGCGGUUCCGUGACCGGCAAGGUCAAGGAGCUGGUCGAUGAACUUGGGGCUGUCGGCGCCAACAUCGUGGUUCGUCGCUGCAACGUGGCCAACAGGGCCGAAGUGGACGAGUUGAUCAACGGCUUAAGUGACUUGCCGCCGAUCCAGGGUGUGGUGCACGGCACCAUGGUGCUCCGCGACGUCCUCUUCGAGAAGAUGACGUGGCAAGAUUACAACCAGGUGAUCGAGGGCAAGGUUCAAGGCGGCUGGAACUUCCACCAUGCGCUGGCGAACUCGCCGCUCGACUUCUUCGUGGCGAUUUCAUCGGCGGCAGGCGCUGUAGGCAAUCGCGGCCAGGCUGCUUACAGCGCGGCAAACUGCUUCCUCAACGCCCUGGUGCAGCACCGCCUUGCCCAAGGCCUGCCGGCCUCCUCACUCGACCUGACAGCCGUCUCUGACUCUGGCUACCUCGCCGAGGAUCCCGAGAAGGCCGCCGAGGUCGCCAGGAACCUUGGCACCAACACUAUAUACGCGAGCGAGGUCCUCGCGCUGCUAAACGCCGCCAUCGACGGCACCAUGGGGUCGACGUGCAACCACCACACCAUCACGGGCAUGGACAUCACAGCGGCCAUGCGGCCGUUCUGGGCCGACGACGCCAAGUUCAAGGCGAUGCGCCUCGCGGCCGAGGCGGCGGCGGCCAAGGACGCGUCGCGCAUUGCCGUCGUGUCGUUCAACGCGGCACUCAAGGCGGCAAAGACGCGGGCCGAGGCCGAAGACGUGGUGUGCCGCGGCCUUGUCGACAGGAUCUCUUCGGUGCUGAUGUUCGACUCCGAAGACAUGGACGUGACGAGGUCGCUGUCACACUAUCCGCUUGAUUCGCUGGUGGCCAUCGAGAUCCGCAACUUCAUCGCGCGCGACUUUGAGGCCAAUCUGCAGGUGUUGGAGCUGCUGUCGAGCGGGUCAAUCCAGACGCUUGCCAAGAUCGUGUGUGCGAAGAGCAAGCUCGUGCCGGCUACUCUUUGAGAUUGGGAACAACCCUCUUUUUUGGCAAUUGAUAUACGGGCCGGGCAAUGAGGACGCUCCUAUCAGCUCAUACGCCUUCCCCUCGAAAACUUUUUUCUUAA